AUGACGAAACCCCAAAAAUGUUCCUCUACAUGGUCUGCUAUGUUAGGUUGCAGAAGUGAGAUGAAGGAAGGGUGUUUCUGGGAAGUUGGUAAUGGAGAGAAGAUACAUAUCAAGAAUGACCCUUGGAUUCCUAAACUUCAUAACAGGAGGCCUAUCCCCAAUUUGCUUUCAACAGAGCAGCCUGUUUUAGUUAGUGAACUUAUCCUACAGAACCCUCCAAGGUGGGAUAUAAACAAACUCCAGCUAUGCUUCCAGUCGCAUGAAGUCGAGACUAUAUUGGAUAUCCACUUACCUAACAUCAGCGAAGAAGGGACUGAGGAUAAAUUACUUUGGCUUCACCAUCCUAAUGGGGUCUUUACAGCAAAAUCCUUCAUCAAAACUUUAAAUGACAGAGCUCCUUCUUCUUCUCAUUAUGGUAAUACUGAACAUAUACCUUGGAAGAAAUUCUGGCAGGUAAAAAUUUUGGCACCCAAUCUUGAAAUAUUUGCUUGGAGAAUUCUUAAUAAUGUUGGUAGCAGGAUGAUGACAUACUGCAAAGAUAUUAAUACAGAGUGCAGGAUGUGUAAUGGUGCUGUUGAAACUUUGGAACACUUGUUCCUAUACUGCCCUGUAUCUCAAGCUGUUCUUUUUGCUUCUCACCUGACUCUCAGAAUUGAUGCAAGCCUAAAUCUUUCAGUUCACCACUAUAUCAAGAGUUGUUUAUUAGAAGGUGGAGACUACUCAAAGUUAAAAAUGGGGAUUUGUCUGUUCUGGA